UCAGUAAUAAAAUUAUAUAAUUUACGUGUUGGUGGUUAGUAGUAGGGUUUCAGAUGCAUGUUUGCGGCUCAUCAGCUGUAAGCGAUUGUCCUCUAAUUAUUAUGAUUAUUUGCCCCUUGGAUUCCUAGUGGAACAUACCACUUCAGUAGCAUGUCUCCAUUACACUCUCUUCUCUACAAUCUUUCAAACCUGUCUCCAUGACAGCCCACAACUUCUCAUUUCUUCCUCACACGAUCCCCUCCGUGUCACAAUCAACUCGUCCUCGUUCUUGCUUCGUUGGCUCGUUUCCAGUGUCACUUCCUUGUUGCUCAUUCACAUUCAUUCUGGCCAUCUCAGAUUCAGUAACGAGUCAGUAUAGUUGGCAGUUGUUGAUGAAUGUCUGCUCUUUGUUGCUAAUGCCUUUCAUAACGCACCAUGUCUCUCAACCACCACAUGGAAGCACUCACUUGACUGACGUUGGUGUUCAAAUCCAGAUUUUGUUCACUCUUUAUGCUGAGUGCAGAAGAUCUGCACACUGGCUCCAGGUUAAUACACGAAGGCCUGUCUUUCUGUCUUUCCCAUCCUCGCUGGCUGGCUGACUGGCUG